AUAUUCUCCCCCGUCCACAUCGUCGCAACUAGCAACACACAGCAGCAGUCCCAUCUCUCUAGAGUCUAGAGUCUCUCCUUCCCGGCGAGCUCGUUUCAUUUCCCCCAUCUAUAUAAGCAAGCGCGCGCUCCCUUUCCUCUCUCCUCACUUAAGGCACGCCGAGUGUUAGCUACACACAGAGAAAGAGAGAGAGAAAGAAAAACAGAGCGAGAGCAGCGGCCGGCCGGCGAGCGAGCAAUUAAGCUGCAGAGAGAGAGAGGAGUUAAUUAGCGAGAGCUAAUUAAGGCUGAGUCGAAGAGAGUGAGCUCCCGUUGUCAUUCUAGCUAGCUAGGUUGCUCGCAAUAUGAGGUCGAGGGGGCUGGAGUUGCGGUGGCGGCGGCAGAGCCAGAGCCAGAGCAUGCUGGCCGCGGUCGUGCUCGGCGUGGUGGUGCUGCUGGCGACGGCGGCGGCGUGCGCCGGGGCGCAGCAGCUGAGCCAGAGCUACUACGCGUCGACGUGCCCCAACGUGGAGACGCUCGUCCGCGGCGCCGUCACCCAGAAGCUCCAGGAGACCUUCAACGCCGCGCCCGGCACGCUCCGCCUCUUCUUCCACGACUGCUUCGUCAGGGGGUGCGACGCGUCGGUGCUGAUCUCGGGGCCGGGGGACGAGCACAGCGCGGGGCCGGACACGACGCUGUCGCCCGACGCGCUGGACCUCAUCACGCGUGCCAAGGCCGCCGUCGACGCCGACGCGCGGUGCUCCAACAAGGUCUCCUGCGCCGACAUCCUCGCCCUCGCCGCCCGCGACGUCGUCUCCCAGGCGGGAGGGCCGUACUACCAGGUGGAGCUGGGGCGGCUGGACGGCAAGGUCGGGACGCGCGCCGCCGUGAAGCACAGCCUCCCGGGCGCCGGCUUCGGGCUGGACCAGCUCAACAAGCUCUUCGCCGCCAACGGCCUCACCCAGACCGACAUGAUCGCGCUCUCAGGGGCGCACACGAUGGGCGUGGCGCACUGCGCAAACUUCGUGCGGCGGCUGUACCCGUUCAAGGGGGCGGCGCCGCGGAGCAACCCGGCGAUGAACCUCUACUUCCUGCGGCAGCUGCGCGGGACGUGCCCGCUGAACAAGUACAGCCCGGCCGCGGUGGCGAUGCUGGACGCCGUGACGCCCAUGAAGUUCGACAACGGCUACUACCAGACGCUGCAGCAGCAGAAGGGCCUGCUGGCCUCGGACCAGGCGCUCUUCGCCGACCGCCGGUCCAGGCCCACCGUCAACCACUUCGCCGCCAACCAGACCGCCUUCUUCGACGCCUUCGCCGCCGCCAUGGCCAAGCUCGGCCGCGUCGGGGUCAAGUCCGGAUCCUCCGACGGCGAGAUCCGCCGGGUCUGCACCAAGGUCAACUGAUCUAUUGCCAUUGCUGAUGCCAGGAUAGAGGACGUACGUACAUUCAGUAGAGAGAGGGUAAAUCGGUCAAUUGUGUGUCUCUCCUCAUCUUCUUCUUCUUCUCCGUUGCCUUGCCUUGCUCCGGCCCCCCACAUGCUUCCCACCAGUGCAUUCAUUCAUCGCAGCGAAUUCGUUCGCGCCCGAUUCUUUCUCUUCACCGUGUAAUAAUCGUACAGGCGCCAUCAAUACCUUAGGGCCUACCAGUACCAUGUGAUGGAUCGAUAGGAACAAACACUUACAGGUUACAUCCAUGUAAAUCUUACACUUGGUCCGGUUAAGAAGCAAGUAUAUCCCAUAUGAAGUUAUUUUUUGAAGAAGAAUAUCCAUGUAAGAGUA